AUGCGUUUCUUCAAUUCCUUCGCCGUCGCCGCUCUGGCCGCCAUCGCCUCUGCUUCCAGCACGGACAACUCCUUCAACAUUCCCACCAAUGGCUACACCUUCAAGGUUGGCGAGCCCACCACUCUGACCUGGACUCCCUCCACCAGCGGCACCGUCACUCUGCGCCUGCAGUGGGGAGCCGUGACAACCGCCAACUCCGGUAGUGUCAUCGCCUCCAACAUCGCCAACGACGGCAGCUACACCUGGGAUGUGCCCUCCAACCUGGCCGCCCAGCCCGACUACACCAUCGAGAUUAUCUCCGACGACAACGACAACGACUACAACUUCCUGCCCCGCUUCACUGUCGAGGGCUCGACCGUCUCCGUCUCUACCUCCACCGCCAGCAAGACCUCCAGCACCUCGUCUGAGUCUACCAGCUCCGCCACCCCUACCACCACCAUGACCACCUCGGAGUCCUCCAGCUCCGCCUCCACCAGCUCCCAGACUACCAUGGCCACCUCCAGCUCCGCUGCCAGCACCUCCGCUAGCACCACCGACAGCUCUAGCUCCAGCACUGCCUCCUCCACCAGCGCCAGCUCCAGCGCCGCCAGCUCCUCGGCCUCCCAGUCCGCCGUGCCCACCACCAACGCCGGUGUCGCUAACCGCGUCUCUGGUGGCCUCCUGGCCGCUGUCGCUGGUGCCAUCGCCAUGCUGUAA